CCCUGCUUUCCCCUGCAUUCUCUUCACUGGAGUCGAGAAUGGCCGACAGGCCGAGCCUGUUAUCAGAGAGACAACGCUCCUCUCUGACAAUGAGAUGAGCCCGUCAGCCGUCACGUCAAAACUACCCACUCUAUAUUUUAAUGGUCUUCUCUUCCCUUAAAAUGUCGUUGAUUUGAUCCCUUCUGCAAAUGAUAUCGUUUGACUUCUUUCGCCCACCCCCCUCUUCUCUCUCUGUCCAAUCUCAACCACCAUCUUUCUUCUUCCUUCUCGUGGAGUUCCUUCUUCAAUCUUCCCUAUGCAUUUCUCCAAUUUCGUUUCUUACUAGCGUUUUGUUAGGAUUAUAGUUUAGCAGAAAUGAAGUGCUUCCAUUUUUCUAAUGGGGAGAAGAGGGAAGACAAUGAUUGCUCCAUCUCUAGGGCUUCUAAGGUUUCUUGGGCUCGCUCCUUCAGUGUUGCUUCCAGUAAUGCAGACGUUAGGCGCUCCGAAUUCGGCUCGGAUUCGAGGGACUUCUCCGGCUCGCUGGGAUUCCAUGAUUUUCUAUCUCUAAGGAGAAGUAAUGAUCUACGAGUCUUUUCCUUCUCUGAGUUGAGAAGGGCUACCAGGGGGUUUAGUCGAGCCUUGAUGAUUGGAGAGGGAGGAUUCGGAUGUGUUUAUAGAGGGGUUGUUAGUAUUUCCGAUGAUGAUCCUGAUGCGAAACUGGAUGUCGCUGUAAAGCAAUUGAACCGGAAUGGAUUGCAGGCAAGUAUUCAGGGGCACAAGGAGUGGAUUACAGAGGUGAACUUUUUAGGUGUAGUAAAGCAUCCAAGUCUUGUCAAGUUAGUAGGGUAUUGUGCUGAAGAUGAUGAACGGGGAAUUCAACGGCUUCUGGUAUAUGAACUUAUGCCCAAUAAAAGCUUGGAAGACCAUCUAUUGGCUAAGGUGCCAUCACCCCUUUCGUGGGAUAUGAGAUUAAGAAUUGCUCAGGAUGCAGCACGUGGUCUAGCAUACCUCCAUGAAGAAAUGGAUUUCCAGUUAAUAUUUCGAGAUUUUAAAACAUCAAACAUCCUAUUAGAUGAGGACUUCAAUGCAAAGCUUUCAGACUUUGGAUUGGCCAGACAAGGACCAACUGAAGGAUUAAGUUAUGUUUCAACAUCAGUUGUGGGUACAGUGGGCUAUGCAGCUCCAGAGUACAUUCAGAUGGGCAGGCUGACUGCAAAGAGUGAUGUUUGGAGCUUCGGGGUAGUUCUGUAUGAGCUCAUGACUGGACGGCGUUCAGUGGACAGAAACCUACCCAAGGGAAAGCAAAAGCUCUUAGAAUGGGUAAAACCAUAUGUUUCUGACUCCAAAAAGUUUCACCUCAUAAUAGACCCACGGCUUGAAGGACAGUAUUGCAUAGAAUCUGCUCAAAAGCUUGCAUCCCUUGCUAACAAGUGUCUAAUGAAGCAACCUAAGUCCCGCCCUAAGAUGAGUGAGGUUGUUGAAAUGUUGGGGCAGAUUAUUUGUGAGACAUCAUCACUAUCAUUGUCAGAUUGUGGGGUCUCAGAACCUGUAAAAGAAACUGAAGCUACAAGUGAAUAUAGUAUCACAGAUACUAAAUCAUCAAAACAAGGGAAUGGUUACCUGAAGAGGGUUUUUGAUUUCAGAGAAAUGGUCAGUUUAAGAAACAGAUCUGGUGGGAAGUUGGAUUGGAGAAAUUGGACACCUGGAUUGAUAAGAACAUAGUGAAUGAUGAUAACAUUUUAGUGAUAAGAACUUAAUUCCUUAAUAAUGGAAAAUGCAUGCAUUCAGAGGCAGCUUCUCCUCAUUUUUCACUGAGGUUCCGAGAAGUAUGUUGAUUAGGAAGGUGCAUUUGCUUUUUGAAUUGUUUUAUCUGCAAAAUGUUUUGUAAAUAUAUACCUGUAAAUGUUCACUGGUUGUCUAUAAAGAAAGAACAAAUUAAAGUUGCGCUA